CCACUUUUCUGUCCUUUCCCUCGAGGUGUCCAAAUGCUCCGAAGAGAUCAAGAACUACAUCGAGGAGCGGUCGGGAGAGGACCCGCUGGUGAAGGGGGUUCCCGAGGACAAGAACCCCUUCAAGGAGAAGGGAGGCUGUGUCAUCGCUUAGGAGAAGGGACCCCGCGCCUGCCCCUGGAGCAGACAUUCCUCCCGUAGCCCUAGGGAGUCACUAGCGUAUUCCCACCGCCGCCGGCCCGUGUCGAACGAGCGCAGGAGCGGAUUUCUUUUUAUUUUCUAUUUCUCCUUACAAAAAUACAGAACCCCGCGCGAAAGCUGCCGAGCCCCGCGCCGGCCGCUGGGCAGGGCCGGCUGUACCCCC